AUGUCUGAGACUUCAAGCAGAAGACUGGAGUCGCUGCCUGACGAGAUCAGAUCCCAUAUCUUAACUUAUCUCAUGCGCCCUCCACCAUCUUGGGACUGGCAGAAGAAUACGCUUGACACCAAUUUGACAAACGCAUCUGACUUGAGAAGCAAACCCUUGAAGUCUCUGAUCCUUGUAUCCAAGACCUGGUAUCGAUUGGUCUCGCCGCUGCUGUACACCCAUCUGCGACUCCGGCUUCAGACUCAUAUAGCGCCGGCCGAACCGUCAUUGCUUGCACCAAAGCUCAAGACUAUAAGUGCUAACUUCAAAGAAUGGCUGUUCAAUGACCCAGGCUAUCCACGCGACAUUCGUCUCCCAUAUAGGCAUGUUUGGCAAGAUGCAAGAACGGACAAAGCUGCGGCAUGGAUGACUACACUAGAUGAACAAUUGUCCAGCCUUUUCUCAUUUCUCGACUCACCAAACAAUGGCAGCGCUAGUCAUAGUGUACAGUCUCUAACCAUCGUCGCUACUGGAGAGCUCAGCAAGAACGAUCUUGACUACAUCCGUGAUGAAGUACACUGUUUGAUUGCAACGACGGCCUUCUGGAACCUGCUAUUCGAGAAGCUUGACCCUGCAAGAGUCUCGGUACUGGCUCCACCGAGUACGCUCGCUUGUCUUCUGGGUUGCAGUAUGAACAUGUUGGAUGCUUGGGCAUUUCCGGGCAUGGCUAUGCAGUUGGUCUCGGUCUGGAGGGAGCCGAGGCCUAUGGAAGUCGCCGACCAACGUCAAUCACCUUCUGAAAACUACUACGACUUCCUGAAGCCAGUGGAGCUGGUCAUGGAACCCAAUGAGUACGGUAGACCCGCUCUGUCCAGUUUGAUCUACAUUAGACCCUGGACCCAUUUGGCUGUCAACGAAGGAUCCUUCCUCGAAGCUUACUCAACGUACGAGUAUUUUCACAAGAAUCCCCCUGGCAUCUUGGCAUCGGUAGGCAGAGCGUUCCGACUCGAAAUGGAGAUGUGGUCGGUAGCAUACAAGGCUGUGUUCCCUUUUGGUAACCAUAUCGGCUCGCCACUCGACCGAAUCACAUACAAGGGUAAUUCAUCGAACGUGCGAAAACUUUACGUCAAGUUGGCGCCCAAUCCGGAUGAUACAAUCCUGGAUGAUCCGACUCAAGUCGGCAAAGCAGACAUUGCCGAUUGCUGGCGUGAAGUUGAGUCUGCGUACAGAUUCUUGACAGAUCCUGCUCUCAGAGGCGACCCGGAUUUUGCACAAUCUGGAACGGGCAGAGAGCUUGAGAUGUUUGGGUUCGGUGAUGGCAGUAUUGCUUCAAUCAGGGAGACAGUUAACACCUCGCUGGCCACUGCAGAAUGGCAAGAGGUGGCCAGCAAUGAGUGGCACAGCUCUCGACUAUUGUCUCGAUUAGGAAGGUCGGUGAACGGUGCUCAGGGUAUCGCUAGAGGGUUGGACGACAUGCAGAUCGAGUAA